CUCGGCACCUAUCAGAUCCUUUGCCCAGAUCAACGCGGAGGAUUGUUUGUUUCAGUGUGAUGGGCGGGUUUCUCUCUUAAUGUCAUGUCCAUCCACCGCGGCAUUUGCGGGAGAAAUAUUUCAGCUUGGAGGGACCUUCUGCGGCGACCUGGUCCGUGAAAUGCGGAUGCGCGGGCGGGAAGUUGGGGAAACGGCACGGCGUCGCUGCCGCAAGGCUUAAGGGCAGCGGAGCCGCCGUCUCGCGAAGCCUCGUCGCCGUCCAGCUUUCGGGAUACUUUCGGCGAGCUGGGUGUCUGUCGGCGGCGCUAUGUGGCUUGAUAGGCAGCUGGACGGCUAGUUAGUUAGUUAGCUAGCUAGUGUAUAUUAGUGUAUUCAUGUGUGAUUUUUUUUCCAUUCAAAGUCAAAUUAACGUUCUUGAGAGGAAAGGCGCCGCGUCCCGGGUUCGUCCCGCUAACCAGAGCAGCCCGACUCCGCCUGUAGCAGCUAGUUAGCCGCCGCUCCAUCUGCGCACCGAGUCGCUGCCUUUCCCCGGUCCGUCUGGGGGGGCUAUUUAGGCAUGUUUGUUGGGUGACUCUCACGGUUUUGGUUGUUUUUUUUUUUGCUUUUGCUUUUUUCCCUCCUUGUUUUUGUUGGUCUUCACGUUCGCUGCGCAGGAUGUUUACGGCAGAUGCUGAGAUCCGGACUGGGGCCGCGUAAUCAGGGCCCGGGCGUCGCUUCGGGCUCCCUUACCGGCGGCACUUUACGCUAACAGGGGUAUUUUUACACGUUUCUACACAGUUAUCGGCUGUUCUUUUUUCCUCUCUCCAUUGUGAGAGUCUAACCCUAACCCUACCCGCACGGUAUCCGACAGCGUGCGGGGAGACUUUACUAUGUCGUUAGCUGGCUAACAGUAAAUGCCGAAGCGCUAUUUCUUGCACCUGGAGGCGUCCGGACACCUGUAUCGCCCAUAAAUAAAGCUGCAGUUUGGGCUGGACUCGUGUCGUUAGGCCACUAGCUAACGGGGCUAAAGUAUCCCGCCGUAGCGGGGCGUCUGCGGCUCGGGCAUGGAGGGUGGAGGUCAUCCACAGAGAGCCAGCCCUCUAACCAGAGAACUGACCAGGACCUUCAGCGUGUAUAACAAGUACUCGGUACUGCUAAAGAAGAACCUGAAGGAGACCGACGCGUUUUUCCGAGAGAUCCGACAGAACUACAGCAAUGCCUGCGCGGCGUCUGCCGCCGGCUCCGAGACGCUGGAGGUGGAAGCAGGUCAGCUGAGCUGCAUUUCCUUCCCCCGCCAUGAGGUGGAGCUCCUGCAAUCCAGCGUGGGCAGCACGCCCCUUAUCGUCGUACUGGGGCAGGACUGCGCCUCCCGUUACCAGCUGCUCAACACCCUCCUGGGGGAGCGACUCCUGCCUGCGGGGCCGGGGCACGGCGGCGGCCCCUGCGGGGAGGGAGGCGCCUGCAAGCGUCGCAAGCUGCGCUUCACGCAUGGCCGCCAGACGCGCCUCAGCCUGGCGCUGCCCGGCCAGUACGAGCUGGUACACCAGUUGGCGGCGCACCGUGGCCGCUGGGACACAGUGCCCAGGGAGGACCUGGAGAUCCAGGAAGAGUGUGAGGACCCUGCCCAGCGCCUGGCCGAGCUGGAGGUCACGCUGCAUCACAGCCUGCUGCAGGAGUGUAAGAUCCUGGUUGUGCCGUGCCCCACGGUGCAGCCCAUGGAGGUCGCCCUGGAGGACUGUCAGCGCGACGUGGUUCCCAUCUUCCUCUAUGCCGUCAGCCAGGAGCUGCUCACGGCUGGACAUAUCGCCGAGCUGAACGCCAUGCGGCAGGCGCUCUCCUUCCCCAUCUGCUUCAUCCGCGUGCCGGCUGAGCCUGCCGAGCCUGCCCCGGAGCGCAGUGAGCGGGAGCGCAGUGAGCGGGAGCGCAGUGAGCGGGAGCGCAGUGAGCGGGAGCGCAGUGAGCGGGAGCGCAGCCCCCUGCACCGGCAGCUGCUCUCCCUGGGCUUCAUCAGCUCCCCGGUGGGGAACUGCUCCUGCGGCGCCCCCUCCCAGGGUUCACUCCUCUCGGCCAGGCCCCAGAGUGUCUUGGGCGAGGCCUUCGAGCGGCUUCAUCGCCUGCUGGUGCCUUUCGCCCGCCAGGUGCUGCAGUACCAGCAAGUGGAGGCCACCAGCAUCCUGAACGCAUUACACUGUCGCUGCCUGGACCUCUUCAUCAACCAGGCUUUCGACAUGCAGCGAGACCUGCAGAUCACGCCCCGCCGCUUGGAGUACACGCGUGAGAAGGAGGGCGAGCUCUACUCCUCCCUCAUGGCCAUCGCCAACCGCAAACAGGAGGAGAUGAAGGAGAUGAUCGUGGAGACGCUGAGCAGCAUGAAGGAGCAGCUGCUGGAGGAUGCCGCCAACCUGGAGUUCACAGAUAUCAUUGUGACGCCCAAUGGUGAUCCAGUCACCUCCCGGGAUAUCAAAUCCUGCAUCCAGCAGAUCCAGGAACUGAUUGUGGUGCGGCUGAACCAGGCGGUGGCUAACAAGCUCAUCAGCUCGGUGGAUUACCUCCGCGAGAGCUUCGUGGGGACCCUGGAGCGCUGCCUCAGCAGCUUGGAGUCCAACCUGGACACCUCUGUGCACAACAUCACCUCCAAUCAUCUCAAGCAGAUCCUCAACGCCGCCUACCACGUUGAGGUCACCUUCCAUUCGGGCUCGUCGGUCACGCGGUUGGUGUGGGAGCAGAUUAAACAGAUCCUCCAGAGGCUGACGUGGGUGAACCCGCCGGCCAUUACGGCCGACUGGAAGAGGAAGGUGGCCCAGGAUGCCAUCGAGAGCCUGAGCGCCGCCAAACUGGCCAAGAGCAUCUGCUCCCAGUUCCGUACGCGGCUCAACAGCUCCCACGAGGCCUUCGCUGCCUCCCUGCGGCAGCUGGAGGAGGGCCACACAGGGCGCCUGGAACGAACAGAGGACCUAUGGCUUCGCGUGCGGAAGGACCACGCCCCCCGCCUGGCCCGCCUCUCCCUGGAGAGCCGCUCGCUGUGGGACGCGCUGCUGCAUGGCAAGCCGAAGCUGGGCCGGGAGCUGGGCCGCGGCCAGUAUGGCGUGGUUUACCUCUGCGACAGCUGGGGAGGCCACUACCCCUGUGCCCUCAAGUCCGUCGUGCCUCCGGACGACAAGCACUGGAAUGACCUAGCGUUGGAAUUCCACUACACCCGGUCCCUGCCAAAGCACGAGCGGCUGGUGGACCUGCACGGCUCCAUCAUCGACCACUCGUACGGAGGUGGGUCCAGCGUGGCCGUGCUGCUCAUCAUGGAGCGUCUCCAGCGGGACCUCUACACGGGGCUCAAGGCGGGGCUCUCCUUACGUGAACGGCUGCAGAUCGCACUGGACGUCGUGGAGGGGAUCCGCUUCCUGCACAGCCAGGGCCUCCUGCACCGUGACAUCAAGCUGAAGAAUGUUCUGCUGGACAAACAGAACCGUGCCAAGAUCACCGACCUGGGUUUCUGCAAGCCAGAGGCCAUGAUGUCGGGCAGUAUUGUGGGGACUCCUAUUCACAUGGCACCAGAGCUGUUCACAGGAAAGUAUGACAACUCUGUAGACGUCUAUGCCUUCGGGAUCUUGUUCUGGUACCUGUGCACUGGCUCCAUCAAGCUCCCCGAAGCCUUUGAGAAGUGUGCGAGCAAGGAUCAGCUCUGGAACAACGUGAAGAAAGGUGCCAGGCCAGAGCGCUUGGCAACCUUCGACGAGGAGUGCUGGCAGCUGAUGGAGGCCUGUUGGAAUGGGGACGCCUCCCAGCGACCCCUGCUGGGCAUCGUGCAGCCCAGUCUGCAGAGCAUCAUGGUCCGCAUGUGUCCCUCGAAGUCUGGCGAGAAGAGCGCCGGCCUCGAUGACUCCACCUGAACCCAAACUGAGCUGAACUCUCCGGAAAGCCCCAUAGACAAGAAACGGUUACAGAAGAGAAUCUGCCUGGAAAGGCAAGGAUGGGACUGAGGAAGCGUAACGUUCUUUUAUGAAAGUUAUAUACACUAUUUAAGAGGACCUAAGAAGUGGAAAAACCCACGACAUGCACACCAAUCUGUGCUUAUAUAUAUAUAUAGAUAUGUAUUGCGUAUUUAUAUAUAAUUCAAGCAUACACUAUGCUUCUAUUUUAGCAUGCAUGCUAAUGUUUGCGUUUCAUAGGAUUGUUACUAGACAUAAAACAUUGUUUUACAAAUAGUAAAAUUUCAAGUAUUAGGAAAAGACAUUAAUUUUGUUGGUAUUUAAAAGCUAUGUUAUAAAUGAAUUUUUUAAUAAAAAGACUUUCACAAACGA